UUGUCUGCUUUAUCGAUCGCAAAAUGCAAGAAAUAAUUAAAAAUUGAUUAAAAUUAAAUUAAAAGAUAAAUUUUUAUUUUAGUUUAAACUGUAUGCAACUCUUUUGAUCGCAGAAGUUAACUUUAUAUCUGUAAAGGUUUCCAAGAGUCAAAGUCAGGGUUAAAUCAAUGGACAAGAUUGCGGAUAUACGAUUUAAUUUCAAAGAAAAAUUCUAAGUUUUUCUGAAUUUGUGAUAGAUGUAGUUUUAGAGUACAAAAGAUAUUUUAAAAAUAAUUUUUGUAGAUUUGGCAGUGUUUUUUGAAAAAAGUCAAUUUCUAGAGAUGGAUCCAUAUAAAGAUGCGUAUGUUGGUGUCAAUAAAAAUUCACUGCAUCAUGCUGUUAAAACGAACAAUAAAAAAUUGUUAAAACUACUCUUGGAAAAAGGAGUUGAAGUUGAUGGACAGGAUAAGAAUGGCAAAACCUCUCUGCAUCUUGCUGUUGAAAAAGGAUAUUUAGAUAUUAUUGAGGAAAUUUUAAAGUAUAAUCCUGAUAUUAAUAAUGAAAUUAAUAGUAGUUGUCUUCUAAUAUCAGUUUAUGGGGAUAAAGAAGAACACAAGAAGAUUGUACAAGUUCUUUUUGAAUAUGGUUUUCGUGUUGGACCCAGGAACGUGAAUAAUUCUAAAUUAUUACACACUGCUGUUGAGAAAGGAUAUUUGAAUAUUGUCGAAGAUCAGUUGAAGCACGGCGCUAAUGUAAAUAUGUUACGCCAUUCAGAAUGCAAAGAAGACUUUUCACCUUUACAUACUGCAGCUAAACACAAACAAGAAGAAAUAGCAAAAUUGUUGAUUAGCUAUAAAGCGAAUGUAAAUGCUCACGAUUACAAAGGAAAUACUCCAAUAUUUUAUGCGAUUGAGAAUGCGGAUGUAAAAUUUAUCAUGUUACUACUAAGUAACGGGGCUAAUGUAAAAGAUUACUCUAUACUAUUAAGUAUUGCUGUUCAAAAAGAAUGCAUAGAAAUAAUUAAAACUCUUCUGCAAUUCGGUGUUAACAUUAACGCCACUUAUCAGCAUGGACUAACAGCCCUACAUUUUACUGCCUUAAGAAAAAAUAAUUCCAAUUGUUCCUUUGAUGAUUCGAGUAAAGAUUAUGAUUCUAAUUUUGAUUCAAUUAGUGGGGAAAUUGCUAAAUUUCUUCUAAGUAAAGGUGCGAAUGUAAACUCCGAAACCAAAAAUGGAGUAACAGUACUUCAUGCUGCUUCUCAUUAUGGACUUGCAAAAGUUGUUGAAGCAAUUUUAGAAUAUAAUGGAAACGUUAAUUCAAGAUUAAAAAAUGGCAUCACACCACUUCAUCUUUCAGCUCAAAGAGGAAAUGUUGAAAUCUGCGAAAUGCUGUUGCUUAAAGGAGCCGAUAUAAAUGCUAAGCAUGAUGAUUUAAAGAGUGCUCUACAUAUUGCGUCUGAAGAGGGUCAUAAAGAAAUUUGUAAAAUAUUGUUAGAAUACGGUGCUGAAAUUGAUUCUACAAUGAGAGGUGACAUCACACCACUUCAUAUUUCUGUCAAAAAAGGAAAUGAAGAAAUCAUCAAGAUUCUUUUAAAUAAAGGAGCUGAUAUAAACGCUAUGCAAGAUGAUUUAAAAACUCCACUACAUAUUGCAUCUGGAGAGGCUAAUACAGAGAUUAUUAAAAUAUUGUUAGAACACGGGGCCGACAUUGAUUCCACAAUGAGAGGUGGCAUCACACCACUUCAUGUUUCUGUUCUGAGAAGCAAUAGGGAAAUUACCAGGAUUCUGUUAAAUAAAGGAGCUGAUGUAAACGCUAAGCAAGUGAAUUCAAGAACUGCACUGCACAUUGCUACCGAAGUGGGUAAUGAAGAGAUUUUAAAACUCUUGUUAGAAUAUGGGGCCAACAUUAAUUCCAAAAUGAUGGGCAACGUAACAGCACUUCAUAUUUCUGUCCAGAAAAGAAAUGAAGAAAUAACCAGGAUUCUCGUGAGUAAAGGAGCUGAUGUAAACGCUAAACAAGUGGAUUUAAGAACUGCACUACAUAUUGCAUCUGGUCAGGGACAGACGGAGAUUGUAAAAAUAUUAGCAGAAGGUGGUGCCAAAAUUGAUUCUAUAAUGAAAGCUGAUAUCAAACCAUUUCACCUGCUUGUUCAAAGGGGAAAUGUAGAAAUGGCUAAAAUUCUAUUGAGUAAAGGAGUUGAUGUAAACACUGCACAAGAAGAUUUAUGUUCUCUUCUACACAUUUCAGCUCGUGAGGGUCAUAAAGAGAUAGUAAAAAUACUACUGGAAUGUGGUGCCAAGGUUAAUUCUGUAAUGAACGGAGGCAUUACACCACUGCAUUUGGCUGCUGAAAGAGACCACCCAGAAAUUAUCGAGUUUCUCCUUCAAUUUGGUGCUGACAUUAACUUUAGAGAUGACAAAGGCAGAACAGCACUUAUUAUUGCUGUUCAACAACGACGUUUAACUUCUGUUGAAACUCUUCUGAAGUAUGGCUCUGAUAUUAAUAUUACAUGCAUGAAUAAUCUUACACCUCUUGAUUAUGGUAUAAGGCUUAGUCCCAUGGGUCAUACUAGAUAUUCCUUCUAUAUUGCUGAAUAUGCAACUUCGAUUACUAAUGUCCUUAAACUCCAUAUAAUUAAAAGAAAAAUGGCAAAUUUGUACGUAAGUGAAAAAAAUUUAAAAUCAUUCAGUGCAUGGAAUAAAAAAUAUCUUCAAUAUAAUUGUGAAAAUGAAAUAACACGCAUGAUGCGUAAGAAGAUUAGUAAUCCUAAUGUAACCUUCUACGAUAUUUUGACAAGAGAUGUAAGUUCAUUAGCAAAAUAUAUGAGGAAUGAAAAUAUAGUUCAGGUUUUAAAGUCAGAGGACUAUAAAAGAGAAUUUCCAAUGUACGCAGAUAUGAUACGAUGUAAUGUUAUAAAAGGUGUGGAAAGAAUAGAAUUACUUAAAGAAUGCAAUGAAAUUCUCCCUCUUCUUAAGAACUUUUCCAAGUUACCAGAAUUAUGUGUUGAAGAAAUAUUCAGUUACCUAAGCAACAAAGAUGUAAAAAUUUUUAAGGUUGCUUGUCAGCUUUUCGAGAGUUUAUAAAUCAAAAAUAAUUUUAAUAUCAAUUGAUAUACAGUAAGAAAAGCUUCAGGUCAUUCAUAGAGAAACAUGCGAUCUGCAUAAGCCUGUCUCACUCCUAGUUCUACUCAUGACUUACAUGAAGCUUUUCCUAUUAUAUAGCUUUCUGACAAACUGCUAUCAAAAUUUUCUUCGCCCUCUGGAAAAAAGUUCUCAAUUAUUGUCGAGAAUUCAUCUUCUUUUGCAGUAUUUUUUCCCGAUGAAUAUAGCCAUUAAAGUAUUCAUAUCUAAUGGAGAGAAUUUUCCUCUUUUAUAUUUGGGUGAUUCUCCAAAUGUAUUCACUUCCCCACAAGAAACAAUUGUAUAUUUUAAUCAUUUAAUGUAAUUUUUAUAAAUUGUAACUUCAAAAGUUAGGUUUAUUGUCCUGUCCCAUGACUACUAUAACUAUUUUCAUUCCUUCAACACUUAAAAAAAUAUUUAAAACUUAAAAACCAGUAUUAAAUCAAUAUUUUUUGAAAGCUAUAAGGUUUCAGAAGAUUUCUCCAAAAUAUAAAAAAACGGACUUAUUUGCUUUUUAUAGAAAAGAAUUUAAUUUUGUCCUUUGGUUGCUGGUUAUUCCUAUGGCCUGUUGAAUAAUAAUAUUCAAUAUUUUUAAUAUAGAAAGAGAUAUAUUAUAAGUACCCUGGUAAAAAUUUCGGACUAAUUUCGGAUAUUAAAUACGGACAGAAUAUUACGGAUUAGUCCGAAAAUUGUACGAAAAAGGUCCGAAAAUGAUCCGCGCUAGUCUGAUAUUAAUCGGAACGAAAACCUGAAUCCGAAAACACUCCGAUGUAAUCCUAAAUUUCUACGAAUUGAGUCUGUAAUUAGUCCGCAACAAUCCGAAUUUAUGACCGGUGAAGAAUUCUUCUAAAAUAAGUACGGAAUUAUCAGAAAUCAAUAUGUAAAGAAUACGGAAUCAGUCCGCAAUAAUCCGAAUUUAAUAUAGUUAAAAAAACUUAAUCCGUAAAAUGUCCGAAGCAAUCCGAACUCUGUAAGCAAGAAAUCCGAUAUUAGUCCGCAACAAUUUGAAAUUAAGUGUUGCAAAAUCCUAUUCCGAAACAAGUACGAAAACUGUAUGCAACGAAUUCGGAAAUUGUCUGCAACGAUUGAGAUUUAAUCCAAUUGAAAGGCAUAAUCCGAAAUAUGUAUACAAAGAAUCCGGUAAUAGUCAGCGGCAAUCCGAAUAAUAUCCAAUCAAAACACCCUAGUCCGAAAAGAAGUCUUAUAAUAAUAUGGAAUUUGUAAAUAUAUAUAUACAAUCCACAGACAGUCCAAAACAAUCCAUAUUUAAUCCAAAUUCAAACUAUAACUAUAAUUUCGUAUGACAAAUACCUGACCAAAACCAGAUUAAUUCCGGACUUAAUCGGACUAUUUGCAAGUUGCGUAUUAUCAGACUAACUUCGGAUUAGAUCCGAAUAAUUCCGGAUUCACUGGUUAUACACAAACCGCAUUUGGUUUGAAUCUAUCCGGACAAAUUCCGAGCGACAAAAACCUAUCCAUGAGCAGACUGUUUCGGAUUAGCUGCGGAUUCACUGGUUAAACCAACCGGAUUACUUCUGCAUUUACUAGUUGCAUAUAAUCUGACUAACUUCGGGCUAAAUAGGACUAAUUACGGAUUCAAUAGUUAUAAAAAAUGGUAUUGAUUUCAAACUUAAUUCAGGGUGAAAAACACUACAAUAAAUCGUACUGUUGCGGACAAAUUCCGGAUUAGUCCGAAAUCGGUCCGACUUUUUAUUCAGGGUAUUUACUUAUGGUAAAUAAAAUAUUUACUUUUGCAGUCAAUUUGAUUUUACAAAUUUACUAGUAU